AUGGGCCGGUGGCAGCAGACCGGCACGGACUGCCAGCCCGUGCCGCGGGGGUCAUCAGGUUCAGGGAAGCGCUGGCAAGCAUGCAUGAGACCGGCGAUUUUUCGCUGGAGAGCUGCCCGUGCGGCUGGGGCGGGUCCGCGUAACUGGGGGGGCGGGCCUUCCAGCAGCGAGCGCAGCUGGACACUGGAGGGUGCGGCCGUCUGGAUGCCGCGGGAGACCAUCUCGGGGCGGGGGCCGGCACGGGGCUCCUUGAACACGAAGUCCGGAGUCGCGGGCGCGUCUGGUACCAGGCGCGCGGGCGCGCGAGGCGAUUUCGGCGUAGCCGCCGAGGCCGCUGCGCGGUCGUCGGGGCGGGGCUUCGCGCGGCCGGCGACGUGUUUGGUCUUGCUGGCGCGCUUGUUGGAGUUGCUUUCCUUGCUCAUGCUGUUGAUUUGGCGAGUGGUAACGGGAGAGAUGUGCGCUUGCCACCGUUUUUGUCCGCGGUUCCAGCCGGCGGCUCUGCCCAAAGCGGGUGGCUGCCGGGGCAACGGGCGGAACAUGGGCGGCUAG